UAUGUCGUCGAAACGAAAGAAUACUCCGACUAAGGUGCUACGUCAGCAACAGCAGACGGUUUGCCGCCCGAAGCGUGAAGAGCGAAUGCUUGUCGAAGAAGAGGAGGAAGACGAAGAGGAAGAUUGUGGUUCAGAGACGUCCAUAUCGAUCGAAGCAGCGGAAGCGGAGGCGGACUUGGGUGUAACUUGCGUAGUACCGAGUAAGAAACAACGACUGUUGGCCAGCAUAGGGAACGAGAACUCACAGGAGGAUGUUGUCAAGACUGUGAAAAAAGCAUUGGCCAUAGAAGAUGAGGCGAUGACUUUAGAAGAUCGCGAACAGCGGCUUGGCGAAGCUAUAGCCACUUUGCAGAGCGUUCGACAACGUUUGCUCAAUUCACCGCCGAAUCACGUAAGUCUUUUAGACGAUUAUUGGCGUUUAGAUAUAGGCGUUCCGCAACGGACAAUAUAA